CUUUUGCGGUGACAUUAUAAAAGCUCAGCCGGAAAAUAACACCUUCUCAGUGAAGCUUAGAUAAAGUAACAUGUGACUAUGACAACAUAUACUGAUAAAGGGCCUAGGCCCACAAAUGGAAGGUUCCUUGCAUUUGAUUAUCUCCAAUUCUAUGUUGGCAACGCUAAACAGGCUGCUAGCUACUACGUAACAAGACUAGGUUUCAAACCCAUCGCUUAUAAAGGGUUAGAAACGGGAGAAAGACAAUACGCUUCUCACGUUGUUCAACAAAACAAGAUAAUAUUCGUUUUUACGUCUGCCUAUGGCUCAGGCGACGAAGAAUUUAACAAUCAUGUUGUGAAACAUGGAGACGGAGUUAGAACUGUGGCGUUUGCUGUUGAAAACCUUGAAGGAAUUGUGAAAAGAGCCAAAGAACAAGGAGCCGAAAUAGUUAAAGAUAUCUGGGAGGAAUCCGAUUUUCAAGGAAUAGUUCGUUUUGCUACCAUUCGUACUUAUGGAGAUACAGUGCACACAUUCGUCGACAGAUCUCUUUAUACUGGACCAUUCUUACCUGGUUUCGUGUCUGUUUCAGAUGAUUCCUUAGGAAAAAGCUUGCCACCAGGGAAGCUAGAUUUCAUCGAUCAUGUAGUUGGAAAUCAACCCGACGGGGAAAUGGAAUCCGUUGCAAAAUGGUAUGAAAACGUUCUACAGUUUCAUAGAUUUUGGUCUGUGGACGACUCGCAGUUGCACACGGAAUAUUCAGCACUAAGAAGUAUUGUAAUGGCAAACUGGGAAGAAAAUGUCAAGCUGCCUAUAAAUGAACCCGCAGACGGAAAGAAGAAAAGUCAGAUUGAAGAGUAUGUUGAUUAUUAUGAAGGAGCAGGUGUACAACAUAUUGCUUUAAAUACUCAAGAUAUUAUUUCUUCGGUAGAGAACCUGAAGUCACGUGGAAUAGAUUUUCUGCAGGUGCCAGAUUCUUAUUACGACAUUUUACGAAAGAAAUUGGCGAACAGCAAAGUCAGGAUUGAUGAAGAGAUGGAUAUUUUACAGAAACUAAAAAUUCUUAUCGACUAUGACGAAAACGGAUACUUGCUCCAGAUUUUUACUAAAAACAUGCAAGAUCGCCCCACGCUGUUUCUGGAAGUAAUUCAAAGGAAAAAUCAUAAUGGUUUCGGAGCUGGCAAUUUCAAAGCUCUUUUUGAAGCAAUUGAAAUGGAACAAGCCAAGCGUGGAAAUCUGUAAACUACAUUUUCCAUUUUAAGAUAAUUAAAAUUAGAUUUUUUAUUAGUGUUAUCAAAUUUUUAUUUCUUUUUAUUAAAACUAGAGUUUAUUUUUUUAUUUUAGUUUUGUAGCUUUAUGUAAUUGCUUUUGGUGUUAAGUUAGGAUUAAGUUAAAGCCAACAAAAUAUGUCUAGGUAAAACAACAUGCCGAGUCAAAUUAAGAUUAGAUUUAAGAAAAAUACAUAAAUAUAUUUUGUAAUAGUUUAAGAUUUAUUGAUAUAAAAAGUAAUAAUAUAAUGGUUUUUUAUCUAGUUUGAUCCAUAGAAUAUUUUAGGUUAUAUAAUAUACAUCUU